AUGGAAGAUGGGAGCGGUGGAGAUGGUAGUUCGGAGAGUGAAGCAAUGGGUGGUGUCGAGUGUGCACUGUGCUCACAACCGCCAAUCGAUCCGCUUAGCGUUCUCGUUUGUGGACAUCAUUUUUGCAAAGAGUGUUUCCAAAGAGAGCCAAGCUCGUCAACGAGAUGUCCUGAAUGUGGUGUCGAGAUUGAUGAUGAUGAUGUUCGAAUAAUGGAUGAAGCUAUGCAACAAAUUAUUUUCCAGCUCUAUCCACAAACUUUCUUUGUUACUUUGGAAAAACGAAGGAAAUUUCUCAGGGAUGAGUCUCAAGAGAAUAUUUAUCCAAGUUGGUUAUUGGAUAAUUUGGAAACAACAUAUGAUCCCGAAGAGAAAGUGAUUGUUGAAGUGAAAUGGGUGAGCUGGCCUGAUUGGGAACAACUCACAAAUGUUGGAAAGAAGCGAAAGAUUGAAGAGCAUUCAAUCGACAACGAGCGACCGUCCUCUUCAAAUUCCCCUUGUCAUGUACAGCUUUCUGAAUCAACUAUCUCCAUUUUACCAACAACAUUUCGUCGUUAUUUUCGACUUCCCGCCAAGUCAACUGUUUCAAGUUUAGCGAAAAUUCUUGAACAGAAACUUGAAGCGCCUACAAAAAACUCAUUUGUACAUUUCUUUUCACCAUGUUUUCAAAAGAUCGUUGAACCAAACACAAAAUUUGGUGACAUAAUGCUUCAACAGAAAGGUGGACGUUUUCGAAGGGUUAAACUCGCCUUUGUUUGCGUUCAGGAUUCCCUAAAAGAUGAACUAGAACCAGAGCUAGGAGUUGAAGCAAUGCCUAUCUUGGAGGUGGAAUCAAGCGGUGAAGAAGCUGUCCCACCAGUGCCCGCGCUUGACCAUCGUCCCCUCACUCCCACCGAUCCAUUGUCCAUCACAUUUCCAUCAAAACGACAAUUUGCUAAUGCUGACGGAUUUCCGAAAAAGUUGCUUCAAGCGGCAAUGCCGAGAAAACGGAGAAAGCCGUCAAGUCCGACAAAGAGAAUCCCUGAGACGGGCACACCUCCACCAAUCAUUCAAACCAACCCAUCAAGCAGUACAAAUCUUGGAUCAACUACCUCAUUGGAAGCACUCAGCGAGAUGCCAAGCCCAUUAGGUCCACCAAAGAUUCUCAACUCUUCAAUGGGAACACAAGUCGCCGGUCCUUCAAUUCUUCAUCCACCAAUUACCGGCCCGAUUCCACGACCACCAAAACCGAAAACCCUUUUGGGACACGGCGAUGGAAUGCCGACUGGGAUUCAUGGCCUCAGGCCGGGAGUCCUGCCGAUGGGUGCUCCGAUGUUGAACGGGCAAAAGAUGGCGGCUGCAGGAGAGCAUCGUUUGCCCACUACGCAAAAAGUCUCGAUUACGUCAACUCCUCUUGCGACGGCACAACAGCAAAUGCAGAACUACAAUCUCAAACUGUGCAGAAUA